GUAUAUGUGUUCACUGAGGCCGGUAAGCAGUCCUCCUUUUCCAAGAUGUCGGUGUACGGGCCAGUGGUGAAAAUUCACCCAGUUGUUCUCGCUUCUAUCUGCGACUCGUACGAGCGGAGAAAUGAGGGAGCGAGUCGUGUGAUCGGGACCUUGUUGGGUACAAUUGACAAGCACUCCAUUGAGGUGACCAACUGCUUCUCUGUGCCCCACAAUGAGUCUGAAGAUGAGGUUGCUGUGGACAUGGAGUUUGCCAAGAACAUGUAUGAGCUCCACAAGAGGGUGUCACCCACUGAGGUCAUCGUUGGAUGGUACGCCACUGGCUUUGACAUCACAGAACACUCAGUGCUCAUCCACGAGUACUACAGCCGUGAGGCCACCAACCCCAUUCACCUGACAAUGGACACAGCACUGCAGAGUGGCAAGAUGAACAUCCGCGCCUACGUCAGUGCGCAGAUGGGUGUGCCAGGAAAGACCGUUGGUGUGAUGUUCACCCCCCUGACUGUCAAGUAUGUCUACUAUGACACAGAGAGGAUAGGCGUUGACCUUCUGCAGAGGACACGUCUCCUUCCCAGUCGCACCAAGGGGCUAACCUCUGAUCUGUCCCAGGUGGCUGGCUCUGCUGCCAGAGUUCAGGAUAUGCUGACAACUGUGCUUACAUACAUCGAUGAUGUGCUGUCUGGCAAAGUGACAGCAGAUAACAGCGUGGGCCGCUUUCUGAUGGACCUGGUUAAUAAGGUUCCCACCAUCUCAGCCGAGGACUUUGAAAACAUGCUCAAUUCCAACAUCAACGACCUGUUGAUGGUGACCUACCUGUCUAACCUCACCCAAGCACAGAUUGCUCUUAAUGAGAAGCUGGUCCUGCUCUGAGGGAAUUUCAUUGAAGUGAUUCAUAUUUAAUUUUUGUACACUUUUUUUUUUUUUUUUUUUGACUGAGAUGAAUAAAGAUGUUAAACAGUCAUACGGUGUUCACCCUUGGGUUCCAGGCAUUGCCUUUGGGAAUGUUGUAAUUGCAAAAAAAUGCAAUUUGGUUUCUCACAAAUGGCUAAUGAACAUUAUGGGAUAUGGGGGGGGGGGGGGGGUUGCAAAUGUCAUCUGGCUUUCUUAAUAAAUGUUCACGUGCCACGUAUCAGACAGCUCACAUUUCCCGAUGUCGACUCCUUCAGCGCUGGCUUUAUGAUGUUUGACAUCCUAGGCCUGAGACUACUGACUCUGCUCUUGAAAUUAAAUUAAAGGUUUAUAGGAUUAAA